GUCACAUGACAGUCUCCACAACACAGACCUCAAGAUGGCGACUAGGGCCUAUGAGUCAUGAUGAUAUCGAUGGGCAAGCAUCCGUUCGUUGAAGUCAAGGGAGAGCCCUAGGGAUUCAAAACACGACACAGAACACCUUUUCUAUCAUGAGCAUGACUUCUCCUCAAAAGAGCCGGGGUUCAAGGAUGGCGCAGCGAUGGUGUUUACUUAUGUUCUUUUUAGUCUUUCUUUCAAACUCGUCCGCUCUUCAUUUGAAAGGAUCUUGGAACAGCAAGGACGUUUUCAAAUUUUUGACUAAGUUCGGCUUUCAGAAAACAGACCCAAAGGACCAGGAAAACACACAAGGAUUUAUUUAUGGGAAUAUAACCUUAUCUGUUGUUUCUAGUGAAAUUCAGGACGCGUUGCUAGUUGUUGUUGACAGUGAAUAUUUCUUGGAGUUUUAUGGGAAUCGGACCCUCCCCCCAGCCCUUGCUUGUCCAGCAAUGCUUGAGAAGAUUGACACAAUUGCGUUUGAUUCGAUUUGCAAGCCAAAGGGUUUAGAAGACUUUCUCAGGAAAAUUCCUUGUCCACAAGAUAAACUUUGUGUAGAUGAAGACAACCCUAUUAAUGUUGUGCCCAGUUACCAGUUCACUUACAAAGUUAGAGAUGUACAGAGGCCAAGAUUCUGGUACUUAAGUUUUGUUUCAUGCUACAGAGAUGCAUCUCAGAGGAAAUGCCAAUGGCUUCCAAGCAAUGACCCUGGUGUUGUCAUUGACUACGAUAUUUGGCUCGUCAAUGGGAACCCUUCUGAAAAGGGUUUGAAUCCCUUUGAGCACCAAUUUUCUUUCGAAUUUCACGACGUUUUUGAGAUCCACGUCGCAGCAUUCUCCUUGUACAUCAUCAUUCUCUUGUUAUGGCUGUACGUGUUCAGGCAGCAACGCCACAUCAUUACAAAGAUCUUCACGUUAUGCAUCUGCGGGGAGAUUCUGAGCGUGACGUUGAACUUAAUCCACGUCAGUAUCUUCGCCUUCAACGGCGUGGGCGCGGUCUGGCUGGGCCAGCUGGGUACCCUUCUUGAACUUGCCACCCACUGCUUGUUUAUGCUGGUGCUGCUGCUCCUGGCUAAGGGCCUGGGGAUCACCACCGACCAGUUCAAGUGGAAGUCUGUGAUAUUCUCUCUGUGGGCGGCUUACACAGUGCUCAAUGUCUUCUUGUACAUUUGGAACUUGGUGGAGAUUGAUAACAUCAUCUCCAACACAGAUGAGUGGCAGUCAUGGCCGGGUUACGCCACGCUAGCAUUCAGGAUCGUGGUCAUGUUCUGGUUCUUGUACGAGCUGCGCCAGACGUACGGGUACAGAAAUAUUGAUGAGAUGUCGUUUGUCAUUCAUUUCGGGGCAUUUUACCUCGUCUGGUUCUGCUACCUACCUAUCCUGGCCUUGAUCACAACUCAAGUUUCUCCACUCUGGAGAUAUAAAACUAUAAUCA